CUUCUCCGGCUCCUCUCUGCACCCUCCCCGCCUUUCCAACAGCAUGCAUCUCGCCAAUUCGCUCAGGUCCUGCUGCCUCCUACUGCUCCUGGGGGCUCUGACAGCAUGGGCAGCCCACGAUGAUCCCCUUGAGAAGGUCAUAGAAGGGUUCAGCCGAGGGCUGAGCAACGCAGAGAGAGAGGUGGGCAAGGCCCUUGAAGGCAUCAAUAAUGGAAUCACUCAAGCUGGAAGGGAAGUGGAAAAAGUUAUUAAUGGACUUAGCAACAUGGGGAGCCAGGCUGGCAAGGAUUUGGACCGUGGCUUGGACAAGGUAGCCCAUGGCAUCAACAAUGGCGUCGGACAUGCAGAAAAGGAAGCAGAGAAGUUAACCCAUGGGGUCAACCACGCCGCUGGACAGGUUGGGAAGGAGACAGACAAAAUCAUCCAUCAUGGGGUCCAUCACGGGGUCAACCAGGCGGGCAAUGAAGCAGGGAGGUUUGCUCAGGGGGCCCACCAUGGUUGGGGGCAGGCUGGAAAUGAGGCUGGGAGGUUGGGACAAGGGGCUCACCAUGCUCUUGGUCAGGGUGGGAAGCAGACAGAGAAAUUAGGUCAAGGGGCUCACCAUGCUCUUGGUCAGGGUGGGAAACAGACAGAGAAAUUAGGUCAAGGGGUCCACCAUGCUCUUGGUCAGGGUGAGAAGGAGGUAGAGAAGUUUGGUCAAGGGGUCCACCAUGCUCUUGGUCAGGGUGAGAAGGAGGUAGAGAAGUUUGGUCAAGGGGUCCACCAUGCUCUUGGUCAGGGUGGGAAGCAGACAGAGAAAUUAGGUCAAGGGGCCCACCAUGCUCUUGGUCAGGGUGGGAAGCAGACAGAGAAAUUAGGUCAAGGGGCCCACAAUGCCUUUGGUCAGCCUGGGAGACAAGCAGAAAAAUUUGGUCAGGAUGGUCACCAUGCAUUUGGUCAGCCUUCGAAGGAAGUAGAGAAGUUUGGUCAAGGGGUUCACAACGCUUUUGGUCAGGCUGAGAAGGGGGCAGAGAAAUUGGGUCAGGGAGUCCACCAUGCUUUUGGUCAGGCUGGAAAGGAAGGAGGGAAAGUGGUGCAAGGGGCCAAUCAGGGACUUAGCCAUGCUGCAAUGGAGGCACAGCAGUUUGCCCAUGGUCAUGGCCAUGGUUAUUAUGCUGCAGGGCAGCCUUGGCAAGAUGGAGUCAACCAGGCUGGGAAGGAGAUGGAGCAUUUUGGCCAGGGUGUCCACCAUACCAUUGACCAGGCUGGGAAGGAGACGGAAAAGGUGGUCCAAGGGGUCCAGACUGGGGUCAACCAGGCCGAGAAGGAGGCAGAGAAAGUAGGUCAAGGGGUCAACUCUGGGGUCAACCAGGCCAGGAAGGAGGCAGAGAAAGUUGGCCAAGGGGUCCACACUGGGGUCAACCAGGCCGAGAAGGAGGCAGAGAAAGUUGGCCAAGCGGUCAACUAUGCUGCUGGCCAGGCCGAAAAGGAAGCGGAGAAGCUUGGCCAAGGUGUCCACCAUGCUGCUGGCCAGGCCGGGAAGGAAAUGGACAGGUGGCAGCAAGAUGUUCAUAAUGGGGUCAACCAAGCCAGCAAGGAGGCCAACCAGCUGCUGAAUGGCGCUCAUCAAGGCGGGCACGCAGGCCAACACGGAGGGGCCGCAACCACUACAUUAGCAUCUGGGGCCUCGGUCAACAAGCCAUUUAUCAACUUCCCAGCUCUGUGGAGGAGUAUCGCCGCCAUCAUGCCCUAAACUGAUGCCCAGGCAACACAGAAUGUUCAUGUUGUCACAUCAGCUGAAAUGGCCUGGAGGAGCUGGGGGUGGGGAAGAGCUUCCUGGGUGUCCUUAGCGGGGGCUGCUUUGAG